AUGAAAAGCGCCUUGCAAUUACUCGCGAGUCCUCGGCUCGCGCUACUCGCGAACCGGCUCGCACUUCUGGCUCGAACUCGCGAGCCGAAGACUCGCGAGUUCGAGUCAGAAAGUCCGGCUCGCGAGCCGUACGACGUCUUUCCGGCUCGCGAGUUCGAGCCAGAAGUGCGAGCCGGCUCGCGAGUCGAGUCCAAGAAGCCGGCUCGCCGCGAGUAA